AAUUUUUGAGGAAAACAGCCCACUCCCAUUCCCAUCUUCUUCAAUAUUGUCUGUACUUCUUCUGUCUCCAGUGUCCCUCUGUUUUUCUACUCACCUUUGACACAAUACCCACACUUUUUAAAGAGAGACAAAAAUCAGUGUUCUACUACUCUGUUUCUUUGUCUCUUAUUUCUUCUUCUUCUUCUUCUUCUUUUGUCUUGUUUAUUACACUCUUCAAUUCAAUGGGAGAAACCUUAAACCCUACUGCUCCAGAGUUUAAUCCAAACAGCUACAUUCCCAUUCCAGUCGCCGUCGGUAUUCCCUACCCCUAUCCACCCUACGCCGUCACACCGCCGCCGCACCUUUCCACAAUACCCACCCGCUCUAUUCUCCUCAGUCCCGCCCCUCCCACCCCUGAAACUGACCUCCGAAAAGACCUUUCAGCUUUCGGUGAAGUGAGAGCCGUUCAAACGGACUCAUUCCGUAACGGAGUCAUAACUGCUCAUUACUAUGAUCUUAGACACGCAGAGACGGCGUUUGCCGCUAUUCGGACUCAUCACGUCCUCUGCGCUGCCUAUUUCAACCCUCUAUCUUAUUCCCAAAUUUUCCCCACGCCACUACCUCCGCCGCCACCGGGUCUCGUCGCCGGUGCACCGCUGUGGGCCCAUUAUGUACUCUCCGAUGCUCAGAAUCAAGGAACCCUAGUUGUUUUCAACUUAGAUGACGACGUUUCUUCUGAUCAGCUGCAACAAGUUUUCGGAGCUUUUGGAGCAAUUAAGGAAGUGAGGGAUACACCAUGGAAGAAAAGGAAUCAAAGUUUUGUUGAGUUUUUCGACAUAAGAGAUGCUGAAAAAGCUUUGAAAGAAUUGAAUGGCAAAGAGAUUAAUGGAAAACCAAUUGCUAUUGAGUUUAGUAAACCAAAAUUAUUUCAUUCUGAACCCAAUGCUUAUAUCUCUAAUAAGCCUUUUAAUUACAACCUUAAUCCACCUCCUUCCCCGCGACGUCAUUUUGCUUCACAACCUCAUUCACCACAAUUAUCUCACAAGAGUUUGACAUUUAACCGGGUAAACCACAAUAGGAUUGGUUCAAUGGGUUCAUUGAAGGGUGAAGAGAGGUAUCCUUUUGUUAGAGUUCAAAGUAGAGAGAGUUUUGGGGAAAGUGCUUGGAGUUGGAAGGGGAAGUUAGCAAAGAGACAUGAAAAUCGUUUUCUAAUCAAAGAAGAUGCCAUUGUUGAAUCUGAUCCUAGAACCACUCUCAUGAUCAAAAACAUACCCAACAAAUACAGUCAGAAGUUACUGUUGAAUAUGCUGGACAACCACUGUGUACACUGCAAUGAGCAGCUAGGCGACGGCGAGCCUCUCUCCUCCUAUGACUUUGUGUAUCUUCCUAUAGAUUUUAAGAACAAAUGCAACGUGGGAUAUGGAUUCGUGAAUAUGACAUCUCCUGAGGCAACGCUAAGAUUCUACAAGGCCUUCCAGCACCAACAUUGGGAGGUCUUCAAUUCUAGAAAAAUUUGCCAACUCACAUACGCAAGAGUUCAGGGUUUGGAAUCGUUGAAAGAGCAUUUUAAGAACUCAAAGUUCCCGUGUGAGAUGGAGCAUUACCUGCCAGUGGUGUUUUCACCGCCUCGAGAUGGAAAACAAUUGACGGAGCCAAUUCCAGUGGCGGGGAACAUGCUACAAAUUGGUGCUGCUCCUUCUGUAGCUGAUGAGAUGGAAGGUCAAGAUCAUAGAGUAGGUAGUGGUGGCUGUGACGUGAUCAGCAGAAAAAGUGGCGGCAUAGGUGAUGAUGAUGAUGAUAAAACAGAUGUGAAGUGAAGUAAAGAAGCUGGGUGUGUAAUAGUGUACAUGAAUGUGCAUUAAUUUACCUAGCACAUCAAGAAUUAAAGGUGGUUGUUGAGCAACGAGCCACACUUGUGUUCUCUUUUCAUAGUGCUCUCUGCUCUGCUCACAAGACCCACCAUCUUUGAACCUCUUGCUGCUCGCUGCUCACUACCAAUUUCUUUAGUUUUUUCAUUUGUUUUCUUUAAUUUUUCAGUCUAGUUUCUUAUGUCCUUUUUAAAUUUAAUCUCUAGUCUAGUCUUAUAGAGGUCCUUGCACUUCAGAUGUACUAGUAUUUUCUUCUCUUAUAAGUUUAAAUUUCAAUGUUUUUAA